ACAGUUUAAGAGACAGUCGUAAUUCAUGUCUGUAAUGUGAAUUACUCUCCUCCCACUAAAGAUGCGGGAAUACUCGGGUGUCUCAAGAACAAGUAGAUAGAUGGCGUCUGAGAGCAAAAGUGGGAAGAGUCAUUCUCCAAGCGUUUCAGCUGGCAUAACUCAGCAAAAUUGGAGCAGAUAGUAAAUUCAUGAGUACGGAAUCAGAACCACCGCAAGCGGAAAACAAGAUGUGGAUCACAUUAAAAACUUUGCAACAACAGACGUUCAAAAUCGAGAUGGACCCGGAGUUGACGGUGCGAGCAUUGAAGGAGAAGAUAGAAGCUGAAAAAGGUCAAGAUGCGUUUCCAGCUUCAGGACAGAAGCUCAUCUAUGCAGGUAAAAUUCUUAAUGAUGAUACUCCUAUCAGGGACUACAAAAUUGAUGAGAAAAACUUUGUCGUCGUUAUGGUAACAAAGCCAAAGUCUGUGCAGCCAGCAACAGCUGCUGUGGUACCACCAUCUCAAAGUACUACCCUGGCCAAUAUGGGUCCGAACAGUACUGCUGCCCCAGCUUCAGCAGGCCCUGAUGCUUCUGCAGUCUCCACGCCUCCUGUAGCACUUGGACCACCUGCACUUUCAUUAACACCUACAGUUUCUGAAGAUCCUGCACCUCCUUCCACAGCUGUGCCAUUACCAGAUUCUUCAUCAACUGUAACUUCUGCAGCACCAGUAGUUUCAGACAGUUUGACGUCCACACCUUCUGAAACCUCGGCUCCCUGUGUUGCUCCUACAGCACCUGUCCAGCCAGCAGUCAGUGCAACACUGGAAUCGGCACCUGUUGAGGUAUCGCUACCCACAGCAGUAAAAGAGGAGUCAAGUGAGGCAGAAGUAAGGAGAGAGGAGACUAUCUCUGCACAGGAGGACCCAGAAAGAACGUUAGCUGACAGUGAAAACUUCUUGGAAGCAGCUUCAUCUAUUUUAGUUACAGGACAGGCAUAUGAAAAUCUAGUUGCAGAGAUUGUCUCUAUGGGCUAUGAAAGAGAGCGAGUGAUAGCAGCACUGAGGGCGAGCUACAAUAAUCCCGAUCGGGCAGUAGAAUAUCUCCUUACAGUAAUACCACCUGAUCCUGAUGUUCAGCCAAGGGCAGAGGAACGUCGCCCACCAGCUAGUGCAGUACCACCCCCGGCGCCACCAAGCAUAGUACCACCAACAGCACCACCACCUAGUGGAACAAGACCCCAACAGUCAGAGCCUGAAGCCAGAGCUAACCCUCUGGAAUUCCUGAGGCAUCAGCCACAGUUUCAGCAGAUGAGACAAAUAAUUCAACAGAAUCCUGCACUUCUUCCAGCACUGUUACAGCAGCUGGGAAGGGAUAACCCGCAGCUUCUACAGUUAAAAGCAUUGGGCUUCCCUGAAGGAUUGGUCAUUCAGGCAUAUUUCGCUUGUGAAAAAAAUGAAAACCUAGCAGCAAAUUUUCUCCUUCAGCAGACUUUUGAUGAUGAAUGAUGACGUUGCCAAGCUUGCAUCUUAUUUCAUUGACUGCCGUUGUUUUCCUGCGCUGAUUAGAAUUUUAAGGCACCCCUGGGCCUUCGGUGCACUUUACCUUCAUUCUGAGGAAGGAAAUGAAUGGCACCUGCCUGUGUUAUGACUUAGCUAUGCAAAAAGUCUGGGUUUAUUGGAACACCAUAUUUGUUUGCGAACACUGUUAUUUCCUCUGUUGUGGCGAAUACAUUUGUAUGUACAGAUGCUACUGACUGACUUGCUCAUAAUGGUGAUAAUGUAAAAUCGCCUUCUCUUUUAUGGUAGAAUGAAAAAGCAUUGAUAAUUCCCUUGUUUACUUGUGCAGUCAUCCGAGAACAAAUACUGGGGGUGUUGACAUUUGUCCUGAAUUUUUUUCAAAAAUGUGUAUUUUAAUUUAUUUUUAUUUCUCUAAUGAUUUCAUCCCAAGGAAUAUUUUUAAGUUUUACAUCAGUUGUUAAAUAUAAGUUUAGAUCUCAUUUGGGAGUUGGGAUUUUUACUUUGCUUUCUUAACUGGACACAUUUCACACUCUAGUUCUUUUCUCCUUGGCUACCACAUACCUAUUGCUGUGUUCAGAGGGGUUGCUUUGCAGUAGUCAUACCAAAGCUCCUGUUACGUCUGCAAAUUUUUUCCAUCUUGUUGAAGCUUGUUCUGACCAUGUCCCAGUCAGCAUUUGAAUCUUUUUGACCCAGGGUUGGGAUUUUAUGGUUUGUGUGGGUGCUGUAUUGUCAAAUAGUCUGACUGUGCAGUGUUCUGUCACAGCAUUACCAGAAAAUUACCACUUAUGUUUGGUAAUUUCAGUGUACAGUGUAAACAGCAAAUGGUGGUCUGGUAUAGUUCAUAUUGGAAUUUACAAAAGCACAGUUUUUUGCUGUCAGGGUAUAAAGCUUAAAUAACUUGGGUGAUCCUGGUUUUGAAUGCAUGUUAUCAGCUGAAACUCUUAAAAGAUUGACAUAAGAAUGCAGACAAGACAUUGUUUUCCCCUUUGCCCAUCCUUCUAGCUAGGAUUGUUAUAUGGACAUGUACAAAGAUAUAUAAAUAAACAAAAAGUAUUAGAAAUGUUGUGCUGUCUUUCUGCUGGUUAAACAGGAGCGAAGGAGCUCAGAGACAUUCAUUUUUUUUUCUUCAUGUGUAGUGGUAGUGGUUGGACAUAUGUUGUUGCCUCCUUUGAAAGACUAUGGGGUCAACAGAAUGCAUAAGACGAAUGCAAAUGUUCUGGUUGUGGAUAAUGUGCGUGGAGGUAGCUAGUUUACGAUGUUUAGCAGCUUACGCAGCACACAGGAAAAUGGACAGAGUGCUUGAGCAGAUUGGCUAUAUAUUUAUUAAUGUUUUCCUGCCGCUGUCUUAGAGAUGCUGGUCAGGAAGUCCUAACCUCCACAUAAUUACAUGUUGGCCUGAAGUUUAAUCUCCGUGUUUGUUCCAGCACCACUAGCUGUCGUCCAGACUAUCCUGGCAGAGCUCUGGUUUACCCCUCCUUCAGGGUGGAGCCAUCUCCCUCUGGGGACCUUUCUGGGCAGCAAUAGUAAUGUGCCAUCUAUAUCUCAGAAAGCAUUCCAGGGUUCAAAGCUUUGUUGAGUGGUUGCCACAUAUGAGGUACCAGGCAUCCCUGUGUAUUCUCAUUUCGGUGUGGACAGGCUGCGACUGCUUUUAGUCAUACCCUGGAGUGAACAUAGUCAUAUCGCUGCUUCUGAGGAUUCCCUGCACACUGACCCACAUUCCUUCCCCAGGUUAUGGCUAGAUGGCAGCUGACUGAGUUCCUAAUAUAAAACGUUCCAUAACUACAUUUUGUCAAAUUGCUUUGGUGCUUGUGGUGGUGAAAAAUGCAGACUUGAUUAGUCUUAUCUUGAGGACCUGUGGAGUCACUGGAUGUGGGGUUACACCUGAAGGUGAGGUGCUUGGCAUUAUUACUUUGGCUUACUCUGUCAUUGCACAGUAUCUAAACCUAUAAGAUGCUGGCCACUGUAAUGAUGUACUUGUGCCUUCAGUUGCAACACCUGCCUCUGACACACAUUGGUGACUUGAGUUUCUUUCAUCUGGAUGAAUCCAUUCCCAAUUGGUGAAAAGGAUGAUAACUAUGGAAAUGUGCAGUAGCCAUCAAGUCCUUCUGAGGCUUUUUCCAGCCUGCCUUGCAGAUGCUUUUACUUGGCAGUUUCACAGAGUAGCUGAAGUUGACGGGACAAGAUAGGGAAGGUCAUAACCAACAUAGAUCUUUUUAUGGUGGGUUGGUGUGGGAUGGGAGGAGAAUUUACAGGUAGCCUUCAGAAAGUGCACUAAAAUGUUGUGUAUGUGGAAUUGUCUGUAAGAGAGAGAAAAUGUCUCUUCUGCGUGAUCGGGUUGUGUGCCCAAAGUAAGAGAUGAGCAACUUUAAUGCACCACUUCCCCCAACCACUUUAAUUUCUAGACAUCUGUUUACAGUUCUUGCACCUUUUCAUGAAGAGAGAAAGGCUAUCUGCUUUUGUUGCUGCCAGAGGAGUAGAGGGUGACGCUUAUCUCUCAUUUUGUUAUUGUUACACCUUGAUUAGUCUUGUACCAUACACACAGUUUUGUGUGUGUGGAAAUCAGUUCAGAGCACUACAUAACUUAACAUUUUUGCAUUGUCAUUAGCAAGCACGUUACAUAAAUGAAGAGUGUAUCUGAUCGGUGAGUGUGACAGCAAUAUUGAUGAGCUGUAAUGUUGCAAGCAGUGUCUGUACACACCAGUGACAUACCAAACUGUGCAUAAACCAUGACUAGCUCAGGGUUUAGGCAUGUUUUUGAAAUUGUUACCAGAAUAAAGUGUUUCAUCUAACAGA